AUGUCUUCAGAGAAGACGCCUGCUAUCCUUCCCUCAGAAUAUUCUCCUCCACUACCCGCACGAACCUUCUCUAGAAAGACGCUUACCGUGCUCUGGUUAUUGCUGUUUGUUCUUUGGACCUAUGAUCGCUUAUUGCCACUAGAGUCUUGGAGCACAGCGAAGUCGCAGAACGUGUAUGUCCCAGCCAACGCUCAAGAAAUUCUGCGAAAAUGUAACACCCUUCAUACACGUCCUGAUCCCUCAACUCUAUCAUCCUUUCUCCAGAAGAGGACCGUCUCCGACAGAUAUGACCCUGGAAUGCGAAACAUGUCGUAUCUUAUUACGAAUGCUACGAUAUUCACUGGUGUAAAGGACGAUGAUGGCAAUGUGCAAACCCUCACAGGAGAUUUGCUCAUGACGAACGGGAUCAUACGUGCCUUAGGAGAAGACAUUCCGCGGGACUUGGUCAUGGAAGUGGAUCCACGGAAGUUGACGGUGAUUAGGGCAAACGGAAGUUGGGUAACACCUGGACUAGGCAUGAUAGUGGAUGUCAAUUCUCAGCUUGGGAUUUUCAGCUCACCGCCUCUUCGUGGCUCAGAUGAUUUGGACUCCAGAAAAGGCCCCAUCCUGCCAUGGUUACGGAGUAUCGAUGGACUUCAUACCCGUGACAAUGCUUUCGAAUUAGCUUUGGCUGCGGGUGUCACUUCUGCCCAAAUCCUCGCUGGAACUUCCAACAGUGGUCAGGCCUUUGUGAUAAAGCUCCGUAGAACCACUGAAGGUUCAGCACUUUCAAUGGUCGUGGACCCUCCUUACGAGCUAAAUGCUACAGGCUUUAGUAAGGAAAAACCCUCAGUAUGGCGACAUCUAUUGCAAUCUUGCAGCGAUGAGACCAGACGUUACGGGAAUCGUAUGGACAUGAUGUGGUCGUUGCGUUCAGCUUAUCAUGAGGCGCGAAGGGUUAUGAAAUUACAGGACGCGUUCUGUGCUAAAGCUGAAGCUGGUCUAUGGGAGUCUGGUGUGGAUGAUUUUCCUGAAAAUUUUCAAUGGGAAAUGUUGGUUGAUGUUUUGAGGGGAAAAGUUAAGGUGACCAAUGAUUGCUCUGAGGCUGUAGACAUAGACAACAUGGUUCGACUCUCAAACGAAUUUGGUUUCCCCAUAUCCACUUUUCUGCAUGCUUCAGAGGCAUACCUUGUCCCGUCUCUAGUCAAUGGAUCACUCGAAGGGACCCCAGCUGUUGCUCUUCUAUCGACUAAUCAUCGGCACAGUCGCGAAUCGUACCGCGGGUCGGAAUUCGCUCCCGCCAUUUUAGCAUCUCACAAUUUAUCGAUAAUCAUGACUACCGAUCAACCCGUCAUAAAUUCCAGAGAGCUAAUUGACGAAGCCCGUAAAGCAUAUCAUUUCGGGCUGACUACAGACCUCGCGCUAACAUCAGUUACGUCCACGCCCUCGAAUGCUUUGGGACUUGGAUAUCGUAUGGGUGUGCUACAAGAAGGCUAUGAUGCAGACGUAGUGAUGUGGGAUUCCCAUCCUUUGCAGAUAGGCGCAACUCCCGUUUACGUCUGGAUUGACGGAAUGAAACAAAUUCCUUUGACCAAGGAAUCCGGAAGGUCGACCUACAGUACUGGAACUGGACCGGAAGAGGUGGUCGAGCCAGAUAAAACACGAAUGGAAGCUCCGGGUCAGCCUUCGUACGAAAAGGAGAGGCAGGAUACUGUAGACUGGGAUGGAUUACCUCCCCUCAAAGGAAGAGGAGAAGGGAACCGAGUUGUGUUCCGAAAUGUGAAGGAAGUUUGGACAAGAGGCAGGAAUAGUAUAGACGAAUCAUUCGUUGCUGAUGAAGACGAAUUCGGAAUUGUGGUUGUAGAGCAAGGUAGAAUCAUCUGUGCUGGUUCAGCGGAUGAUUGUAUCAUCUCAGGAGAUGAGCGCACUGUAGAUGUCGAUCUUCACGGAGGUUCCAUUUCCCCUGGACUUUUGACUUUUGGAUCACCGCUUGGGCUGGAAGAAAUUGCUUCGGAGCCCUCAACAACCGAUGGUCGCCUUUUCAAUUCCCUGGCCGUGGAUAUACCCUCCGUCUUCCAUGAUGUUGGGGGGAUUGUCCGAGCAGUUGAUGCUUUGAUGUUCGACAGUCGGCACGCUCGAAUGGCAUAUCGUUUUGGGGUGACUGCCGCCACAUCGUCCCUAGCCAAGCCACACCGUUUGUACGAGAGCGAUGACUGUAUGAUCUGGGGAUUAUCAACCACGUUCAGCACCAAUGCUGCCCAUGGACUUGAACCAGAAGCCAUUAUACAAACCGAGACAGCGUUGCAUGUUAGGAUCACUCGACCGAGGUUCGACGUACGUGGCCCAGCAGCUAGCGUAAGCACUCAAAUUGCCACCCUAAGAAGGCUUCUCUAUGGAUGGGAAAGCAGAGACAAGGACACGGGUUUGUACUUCCGGAAGGCUGCGGAGGGAGUGAUUCCGUUGGUUGUGGAGGUUCACAAUGCGGACAUCAUGGCCUCUUUAAUUAUGCUUAGGGCCGAGGUGGACGCCAAGAUAGGCGGACAAAUGCGAAUGGUCUUUGUAGGAGCAACAGAAGCAUGGUUACUUGCCAAGGAGCUUAGUCGAGCGAGAAUCGGUGUUAUUCUGACAUCUCUCAAACCUGUAGCUGCUACCUGGGACCAGAGAAGGAUUUUACCAGGAUCACCUCUGACGAACCAAACGACGCUAGGUAUUCUGUUAGAUAGUGGAGUGGUAGUUGGCGUGGGUGUCAACCAUCCUCAGCUGGCUACUGAAACUCGGUUUCAACUAGCUCGGGCAUAUCAUGACUCCGUCUCCUCAGCGACUGCCCGAGAAGUGUAUGGUCUUGCUACAAUAAACCUGGAACAACUAUUGGGCGUGAAAGGGAUAGAACCGGAGUCCGCCGAUCUUGUUGCCUUCGAUGGGGGUAGUGUGUUCAACCUCUCCAGUAAGAUAGUAGCUGUAGUAUCUCCGCAAAGAGGCCUUGUAGAUAUGAUGUAA